AUGCCGCUGCGCAGGACCUCGGGACAUCACACAUUCAACUCGCCAACAAACCGUAUCCGCUCCUUUGACAUCCAGCACACCGACAAUCCAAUGCUGCACGAUGGUCCCACCCCAACCUACACCUCGGCACAGGCUCGCCAAGAGUCUCUCCUGGGCGAGCAAAAGGUCGUGUCCGCCAUAGUCUCCCGUCUGGUCAACAAGCUGCCAUGUAACUCGGGCAUCAAGCUGGCCAUGAUGGAGAUUGAUGAAGGCGUCAAGACCACUGUCGACAGCUUGCUGUCGAUUGCACGCAUCCGCCUCCCGCUCGUUGUCCAUGCGCUGGCAAGUGCCCUUGAGACUCUUUCAAAGUACAUUGGCAACGCUGCGCUCGUCGAUGCACCACUGGAUACUAUCCACUCGCAGCUCUACCUCAUCCACUUGCUGUUGCAGUGCUUGUCCGUGUCAUGGCGUCUCAACUCGUCUGCCGCGUCCCCAUCAUCCUCAGACCUGCCCGGAUGUUGGCCCGACCCGCCACCCCUCGAGGACCACCUCGCCCGCCAGCUCCUCAGUGUGCUGGUCAUUUACAUUCGCAUGGUCUCGCAAGAGAGCAACAUGGCGAGCGGCAUUGUCACCCCCAUCGCCGGCAGGGACGGUCUCAAGUCGUCUAGCUCAACCAACCUAGGCAACUGGAAACAGGCCUCUACCACAUCGUUCUCGCUGGGCGCCAAGUUUAUCCAGCAGCACUCGUACCCAUCAACCUCGUCGUCCGAGAUCGUCGUGUCCGAGCACUCCAAGCUCCUGGCACCUGCGGCGUCGACAACCGCGACGGCCGUCGUCCAGAUGACAAAGUACACGGCGCGUAUCGUCUUCUUUCUCACAGCCGCCAACUGGCCGCUCGUCUUGUCGCGUAUCAAGGCGCGCGUCGCCCAUCUCACCACCACGUUGGAAGAAAACCCAGAGCUGUACGAGCUCCGACUGCUCGAGUGGGCCAACGUCGACUCGUCAAGGUUAGCCCAGGCGCUGCAAGAGAUCUCGUCACCCUUUAUGCACGUCAAGCGACCCGCACAGACCGCGCUCGCAACCGCUCUGCGCAAGUCUAUCUGGAACUGGAUUGACCUGUACCCGGCCGAAUUCCAGUCGCUCAUCGAGGGCAACCGCAAGUUUGACGCCAACCCAGACGGCCUGUUUGACGUGCUCUACUCCAUGUCAGACUCGUCGACCAACAACAAGCGUGCCAAGGUGUUUUACCCCCUCAUGGUCAUGCUCCUUGUCCUGUCGCCAGACACGAUGAAGCGUAUCGCACUGGGAGAAUCGGCACGGUCGAGCCAAAGCUUUGGCAAAAAGCUCGCCUUUAUGGACAGCCUGCGCAAGGGCCUGAGCGCGUCGAGGUCAUACGAGGCAUGUGUCGUGUGCUACGUCGACCUCGUGCGCGCCGCCAUGAGCUGCAGCCCGCGUCUCGACAGCUCGGGCAUUCGCAGCCUCGUUCCCGAGAUGCAGAGCGAUCUCAGGAAUGCACUGUUCUAUUCGACCAUGGCGUCCGAAGUGACGGACAUCAACGUUCUGGUCGACGGCCUCGUUGCCCUGUACCGCUCCAACCCGACUGGCACGUCGUCGCUCAUCUUCCCCAAACUCUGGAACGACAACAACGAGACUAACAAGAUUAUCGCUGUGCGGGCCUUGACGACCAUCGUCACCGAGGGCCAAAGGCUGCCGUGGCACGCCCCAGCUAGCAGCCUGCGCGCAGACGUGGCCCCGUCCGUGCGCAGUAUUCUCAAGGUCCAGGCGCCCGGUGUGAUUAGUGGCGCCUCAUCGCGUCGAGCGCGCAGCAGCCUCGACGUGCCCACCGCGCAGACCGACCUCGUCUGGGAGAUUCUCAACAUGCUCGCCGUCGACCCCAACUUUGCGUUUGAGAGCCUCAGCGACCCAUCCGACCACCUGAGCCAGCUGUUCCUUGUCGUGUCGUCGCUCACCGCGGCCACAUGCCCCAUGUCUGUUCGCGCGCAGGCAGCCAAGACCAACCUUGUGGUGCUGGACAGUCUGGUUGACACUGCCAAGGUGGACCCAGCUCGCGCUCAACUGGCAGCAACCUCGGCAGUUGCUGUUUGGCAGAUGCUCAUCGACUCGUCGCGCCAGCUCUUGUUUGAUUUCCAGCUUGGCGAUGUUGACGACAUUGCACUCAUCGCCGGCGCGUUCCGCGACAGCGUCCAAUCGGUGCUGCGAGCGACCACUGCGCUCCCCGAGCUCAUGACCAAGGCGCCCAACGCGCGCCCCGCCGUCCUUAUUGCCAAGUUGGCCACCGUCACCGCCUUGACGGGCCCCGAUGUAGAGCAGACCAACCUCGGCACUCCUGCUCUCGUGUCCCUCUCCAAGCUCAUGCUUCUGGUCCGCUCGGCUAUCAGCAAGACGACCGCGGACAUGGACGAGAUCACGAGCCACAGCGCCAUGCUGUCCGAGCUCGGUUCGCUCCCAUCGUCGAGCGGACGUCACCAGCAGCAGCGUGCCAUCCGCCGCGUCAUGAAGAAGCACGCUCGCCCCUCGACUCUCCUUUCGACCGUUUGGCUCGGCCUCGCCGCCCGCGUCAAGACUCUCACAAACAAGAUUGUCACGGCCGACACGGACGACUCGAGCGGCGACCGCGACUUCCGUCGUCGCAACCUUGCGGCUGACAUUGAGGGCCUUACCGAGGACGAGUCCAAGGAGUGGCAAAACCUCAUCGCGUUCCUGUGUGCCACGUCCAACGUGUGUUUGAACGACGUGUCCCUCCCAACCACCAUGGUUGAGAUUGUCGGCAAGGGCGUGCUCCCCCGCGCGUACGAAGAGUCGACGGACCAGCACGCCGCCGUCGAGAGCUUCCUCCGCCAGUGUGUGGAUUUCCUCGUCAGCCCGUCCAUCCACGUCCGCGAGUCCAUCAAGGACGCGCUCGGAUCUGAGCUUCCCCUGUCUCUGUGCCGCGUUCUCGUCGUCCAGAUGACCAAGCUUCUCGGCCACUCCAUCACCCCCGGCGGCGUCGCGGCCUCGGAGGCGUUCACCACGUUUGUCGAGCAGGCAAUCUCCGUCCUGCGUCUCUGGGUCGACCGCGUCAACCCGGGCGAGAACGCCGGCGGUGUCCAGGUCGACAUGGGCGAGCUGCUGUACCUCAUUGCUCAGUACACCCACCGUCUGAACAGGGAAGACGCCAACGUCCGCAUCAAGAUCAAGUUCUGCCAGCUCAUGGAGGCCGUCCUGGGCAAGCCCGAGUUUGUCGUCCUCGGCAACGCUAGCAAGCUGCGCAACGCGCUGCUGGAGUGGACAUGCGAGUGGUCCAUUGAGAACUUUAGGGACGAGUACCACUCGAGCGGACAUGACAAGGUCCAGCGUGACCUCAACCUGGCGUGCCUGCGCGCCAUGAUUCCCAUUACCGACGGCCUUGUGAUCCGUCAGCCCGGAGACGAGUCCGAGGACGCGACGGGUGUGGGCAAAUCGCGCCUGUUCUACAGGUACUACACCAUGCUGGUGCGCGUCUUGGAACGCUCCACAGCUGUGGAGACCGAGUCGUCGCAGGUCGCGUCCGUGUCGGGCAUGAGCAUGCGCGUCAACACGACCGACAGCUACCCGGCUCUGGCCAUCCUUACGCUGUCCAACUUGCUGUCGGCCAACAUUGACGUCGGUCUCAAGCACUGCCUGGCCCUCGGCUACCACGAGGACUCGACCAUCCGCACUGCCUUUAUGCAGCUGCUCACCAACGUCCUCCAGCAAGGCGCGCGCUUUGGCGGUCUGGCGGCCAAGGGCAGCUCGGCGGCUCCCAAGCUCUACCUCGAGGCCCUCACCGCCCCGAACCUCGCCCUCGCCAUGGCCGUGUGCGAGGCAUGCCCCUCCAACGAGCUGGACGAGGUCUCGCUCCUCCUCUUCCGCACCUUUGAGGCCAAGGGCAACUUGCUCAACAUUAUGAAGAUUCUCAUCGAGCGCGAAGUCCAGCAGACCAACCACGAGUCGGAGCUGUUCCGCGCCAACUCGAUCACCACGCGUCUCCUGACCCUCUUCGCCAAGACGUAUGGCUACAACUAUGUGCGCGCGACCCUCCAGCCGCUCAUCCACAACCUGGCCGAGAAGCCGCCAGAGUGCUCGUUUGAGCUGGACCCCAGCAAGAUCUCGCCCGGCGAGGACAUUGAGCGCAACACUGAGCACUUGCGGAUCAUGACGCAGGCGCUCCUCGACCUCAUCUACUCGUCUACUCCGCGCGUGCCCAUCCUCUUCCGCGCGCUGUGCCACCACAUCUGGGAGGUUGUUGAGGAGCGGUUCCCGGACUCGCGUCACUCGGCCGUGGGAUCGUUUGUCUUUUUGCGUUUCUUCUGUCCCGCCAUUGUCGCCCCCGAAGGCAUCGACCUGGAUGUCAACCCGGACACGCGCGACACUCGUCGUGCGCUCUUGCUCGUCACCAAGAUUAUCCAAAACCUCGCCAACAAUGUGCUGUUUGGUAACAAGGAGGCCCACAUGAAGGUCCUGAACCCGUUCUUGUCCGAAAACAUCCGCCAGGUGACCAAGUUCCUUUCCGAUGUGGCGGUCCGCCCACGUAGCUGGGAGGUUGCGCAGGCCACCAAGACGUUUCAGGAGGAAGGAGAGCGUUCGCUCGAUGGCGAAGGCUUCAACUCGAUCAUCCAGCGGUUCGUGUUCAAGCACACCAACCGUCUCGAGGCGUCCCUCGAGGCCCUCCCGCCAUCGUUCCGCAGCAGGUCGUCGUCGUCGACGCGGUCUAUCCGUCUCGACCUCGAUGGCAAGAGCGCGCUCACCUCGAUCCGCGCCCUCAUGGGCGAGACGGGUCCGCCUGCCGACAUGACGCGCCUGAGCACCAGCGCCCGCUCGCAGGUCUACGACGACUUUAUGCGCCACAACGCCGGCCGCAACACUGAGAGCGUCGCCAGCGCCUUUUACGAAGGCCCCGCAAGCCAGAACGGGCGCCGCAUCUUCUACUUUAUCGUCGCGCGCGUCGCCCUCGUCGACUAUGACCUGCUCGCCUACCACGUCUUCUCGGUGCUGGACAAGGUCACCGACUUUUUCGACCUCGUCAUUGACGUGACCGACUUUUCGGCUCAGACCGAGAUGCCGUCGCCGUGGCUCCGCCGCUCGAUCCAGAUGUGCCCGCCUGGCAUCCUCCCCUGCGUCAACACGCUUGCCCUGUACAACCCCAACUCGUACGCCCGCACGCGUCUGCGUCGUAUCAUCAACGACCUGCUUGCCGUCAGUCCUGCCGUUGGCAAGAAUGUCGUUGCGGCCAGCAGCCCCGCCGAGCUUGCCGAGUUUAUUCCCUUCACCUCGCUCGCUCUCCCCGAGCACACGAUGGCGCUGGCGUACGAGGCCGACCACGUGUUUACCAACCUCCUCUGCCUCGCCGACCACGAGAUGCAGGUGCCCGUCGUGGUCAAGCUCGGCGACGACUGCCUUCAGGUUGCGUCGUGGCGCAAGCAGGACCUCACGUCGUCGCUCAAGGCGUACAUUAUCGACGUGAUCCGUCUCAAGGACGUCGACGAUGUCGUCAUGGGCACUGGCCUUGCUGCCGACCACUUGAUUGUCAAGCACUCGCAGAACCAGUCGGUGACGUUCAUCUCGCGCAAGCGCAACGAGAUGGCGCAGAUUAUCCGCUCUGCCCGUGGUCGCCUGAGGGACACGCCGUCCGAAGACCGCGCCCUCCGACCCAGCGACGUGCCCGGAACACUCCUCAACGUCGCCUUCCUCAACCUGUCAAGCAACGACGAGAUCCUCCGUUUGGGCGCAUACAACCUCGUGAACGAGCUCUGUCAGUUCUUCAAGUAUGACCUGUCGAGCCAGGUCAUGAAGGUGUCCACGGGCCUGCUUAUCCCGGGCAACUCGCUGUCGUUUGUCCUCAAGCUCAGCAAGCAGUUGGCCUCGUCGGCGCCCAACCUCACCCUCGAGUUCCUCAAAGAGUGGACCAUUGGCUUUGCAAAGGCCGACACGCCCCAGAAGACUGCCUGUCUGUACUAUGUCGCCCCCUGGCUCACCAACCUCGAACUGUUUGCCAAGCCCACGCGCGACGACGGCGUCGAGGCUGUCAAGCAGGUCACCGAGAUUAUCCGCAGCCUGAUCGGUCUGACCGUGUCGGAGAAGCGCCGCCUGCACCUCGCCAUCCAGGAGCACGUGUGGAGCGUCAUUGGCACCACCCACGAGGCCCUCGUCGACCUUGUCGUUGCCGAGCUCCUCAGCACGGCCGUCAAUGCUGGUCCGGGCUCUGAAAAGGCUGAGGUUGUCUCUGACAUUCUCGUGUCGCUCAGCACGACGGCCGUCAAGGGCAAGGUGGUCUCGCGCCUGCGCAAGACCAUUGGCCAGACGUACGUCAAGCCCACGUCCAACUUGGUCGACAGCCUGGCCUGGAACGAGAUCUGCACUCUCACGCGCAUCAACCUCGCGCUCGCGUUCAACCCUCCCAGCCAGAUUGACAACCAGCUCUUCCUCGCGGAACUGUUCCACGCAAUCUCCCUGCUGGUCGGCAUCGGACCCGUUCUCAUGCGCCAGACCGUGUACGGCCUCGUGGUCAACAUUCUCCAGUCGCUCGCGACCGUGUCUGCCGGCGACAUGGACACAACGACGCUCCAGCACCUGCUCCACCGCGUGCAGCAGCAGGAGAUGAUUGCCGCGUUUGGCCUCGUGCAGAGCCAGGGCAGUCUUGAGCUCUCGGGCCUCCCGCACUGGGACCAGAACGGUAUCGCGCACCUCGACUCGCUCGAGCUCGUGAUCAAGUUCCUCGGCGACGUGCUCAGUGCCGGCGCCGUCUCCACCGACUGCGCCAACCAGUGGCGUGCCCGCUGGAUGGGUCUUGUGGCCGCCACUUGCUUCCAGUCCAACCCGGCCACCCAGCCGCAGGCGUUCACGGCUCUCGGCUACCUGGCAUCCGACGAGAUGGACGACGACCUGGUGUACCAGAUCCUCAUCUCGCUCAGCAACACGCUCCUGCACUUCCAAGAGUCGGACACGGUCCUCAUUGUCAGCAUGCUCCGCUGUCUCGCGCGUGUCAUCCCCGGCUUGCUUCCCGAGAGCCGCUACGCACCGACGCUGUUCUGGCUCGCCGUCGCCGUCCUCCAGCUCGCGUACAUUCCCCUGUUCGCCCCGGCGCUCGAGCUGCUCAUCACCACGGUCCGCCACCUCGAGCACACUGGCUACUUCAACGCCCACGGUCUCACCGAGGGUCUCCUGACUGCGCGCAAGGCGGUGGGCGACAACGCCCGCAAGCUCGACGGUAUCUGUGGCAUCAACUUUGAGACGGACCCGACGUUCGCGCUCGUGGCUAUUGUCUACAAGGGAGUGCGCCACCCCAACACGCGCAAGCUCACCAUUUCGGCCCUCACCGAGCUGCUCCGCUUGUCGGCAGUACAGCGCGGACGCGACGUCAACGAGGAGGAACCGCUCAUCCCCCCCUGGAGCGUGGCCUUCUUCACCUCGCUCCUCCCCAUUGCGUCCAGCAGCACCACCGAGCUCAAGGCCCUGUUCACCGCUGCCGGUGUCGAUGUCGCCGACGAGGCGCUCGCAGACCUGUCGACUCUGUCCGUGUUCCAGCUCUUGAACAUUCCCGACAACUCGACUGCCUUGCUGCUCAUCACCCUCGUGGUCACCAUCCUUGGCCAGGCGAGCACCGACACGGAAAAGCUCGUGUUGUACCGCCUCCUCGCCGAGGCGAGCCAGGAGACGCCCGAGGUCGUGGCCAUGGCGUACGACCACCUCAUUCCGCGCAUGACCGCCGUCCUCACCACCACGGCGUCCACCGCCAUUCUCUCGGCCGUCACGCAGAUCUUCGAGCGCGCAAUGGCCGACCAGAGCUACAUCUUCCCCUCGGCCGGCACCACCUCGUCGGGUCUCUCGGCUGCGGCCGCCGACUCUGCCUCGCUGCACAAAAAGACGUUUUCGAACACGGCCUCGUCACCCAACUCGCCCAACCCGGGCGCGCGCGAGCAGGUCCUCGAAGACCUUGGCAUGAAGGGCCUCACGGACAUGUCGUUUGCCGGUGUCAAGAUGGAGAGACUGUCCAGCAUGGCCAAAUGGGUCGCGGCGCUCAUCGAGUCGCUCACUCUCUAA